CACAUGAACAUCGUGAUCAUCGGCCAUGUGGACUCGGGUAAAUCCACCACCACCGGCCACCUCAUCCACCAGUGCGGGGGGCUGGAGCCCCGGCUGCUGGAGAAGCUGGAGGCCGCGGCUAGCCAGGUGGGGAAAGGCUCCUUCAAGUUCGCCUGGGUGCUGGACACGCUGAAGGCGGAGCGGGAGCGGGGCAUCACCAUCGACAUCUCGCUGUGGAAGUUCCACACGCGCCGCUUCUCCGUCACCAUCAUCGACGCGCCGGGCCACCGCGACUUCACCAAGAACAUGCUGACCGGCACCUCCCAGGUGAUCAUCCUGAAUCACCCUGGCUUUAUCAAGGCUGGCUACUCCCCAGUGGUAGACUGUCACACUGCUCAUGUCACCUGCCAGUUUGCUGAGCUCUUUGAGAAGAUUGACCGUCGAUCUGGGGAGAAGCUGGAGGACAAUCCCUCCAUGCUGAAGUCUGGAGACUCUGCUACUGUCAGGCUUGUACCUAAGAAGCCUCUGUGUGUGGAGAGGUUUUUUGACUAUCCCCCUUUAGGUCGCUUUGCAGCUCGGGACUUGAAGCAGACUGUUGCAGUUGGAGUCAUCAAAUCUGUGGAAAAGAAGCCUGCGGGUGUCACUAGAAAACAGGCGCAGAAAGCUCUGCUUAUUAAGUGA